CCCAUAUCUCUGUCUCUCUCUGUCUCUCUCUCUCUCUCUCUUCUCACAAUAUAUAUAUAUAUAUAUAUAAACACACACGCAUACAUACAUACAUAUUAUUCUCACUUUUAAAAGAAUCGGCUAAGCAAAGGAGGAACUGGCAACCACUCUAACAAGUGGAUUAUGGGGGAACCUAAUGGUCAGUUAAAAGUAACUGUUGUGAGAGGGAAAAAGUUGGUGGUCCGAGACUUCAAGAGCAGCGAUCCUUACGUCAUUGUCAAGCUGGGCAAUCAGACAGCAAAGACCAGAGUUAUAAACAGCUGCCUCAACCCUGUUUGGAAUGAAGAACUGAGUUUCUCCCUCACAGAACCUGUUGAAAUUCUGAACUUGCAAGUGUUUGAUAAAGACCGAUUCAAGGCAGACGACAAGAUGGGGCACGCUCACCUCGAUCUUCAUCCAUUAAUCUCAGCGGCAAGAUUGAGGCAGAUACUGGGCGUUUCUUUGGGCGAGACAACAUUAAGGAGGGUCAUCCCCGACACCGACAAUUGCCUGGCUGUGGACAGCACAAUUAAUUGCAUAAAUGGUGAGGUUGUGCAGGCUGUUUGGUUGCGGCUUUCUGAUGUGGAGUCUGGGGAGAUCGAGCUGAUGAUCAAAUUAGCCAAUCCCCCUCCUGUUGCUACCUCAUCGGUAGUCUAGUAUCCUACCCUCUCCCUGUAGCAUCUUUAGUAAGUGUAGUCAUGCUAUGAACACUAAAGAUUUUCACAUAAUGGGACACAGAUAUCAGACAAAGGGCGGUCUUACACGUGAGGUUCCUCAUUUGUCUUACUUUUGUGUCCUAUUAUGUGAAAAUUCUCUUUUCACUUAGAUUUAGUCUUAGAAGUAAGAAGAUUUAUGUAGGAGAUUUAGCCAUCGAUUAGCAUGCUUUUGAUUGGUUGUUGUUGGAAGUAAUGGGCUUAAAAUUGUUUCCAAGUGUUGUGCAAUUUGAAGUCCCAUGUAUGAAGGGUGUAAUUUAAUGUUGGUGUUACAUAUAUAUGAUGUAGCAGUUAAUUGUAAAUCAUUAUUUUUUCAAGAUAAACAUUUUUUUUUGCUAUGGCUGCUUUGAAAA